UGGCGAUGUAAACCGUGAAAUUGAUCAACACGCUGGCUGCCGUGAAACUUUUGAAGACGAGGAAUGGGAACUCCAGGGAAGGCAGCUAAGAAGGAACAGAAAAGGCAAAUUCCUGCCAAGACCUCAUUCACAUCACCGUUAGCCUCAAAAUGGAGUUCGCUUCCCCAAGAGGACAUGAUUUUCAUCCUGAAAACUUUAAAGGACAAACUCAUCUCUACGGGGUUAGAGAAGAAAGAGGAGAAAGUGUUUCGCUUGUGGAGGAAAAAGAAAGAGGGAAAACUUGCUCCAGCAUCAGAACCUGUUCCGCAGGUGAGUGGAGACGUAAAGGUCUGCGAUCCCACCAGAAACGGCUGGACAGAUGUGGCAGCCAGACGACAGCUGGCCAUUGGGAUCAACGAGGUCACCAAGGCUCUAGAGAGGAAUGAGCUCCAACUUGUCCUUGUGUGCAAGUCUGUCAGACCAAAUCAUAUGACAAAUCACCUGAUCGCUUUGAGUGCCACAAGAGGUGUGCCGGCCUGCCAGGUACCUCGCCUGAGCCAGAGUGUGUCAGAGCCGCUUGGGCUGAAAAGUGUCUUAGCGCUUGGAUUCAGGCAGUGUUCUUCUAAAGAAGAUGAGAUAUUUAGUGACACCAUUGAUGCCAUUAAACCAAGAGUACCUUCGCUGGACGUUGUGUGGCUACAAGGUGCAACACCAAGAGUAACACUUGAAAAACCUACUGGCAUGGGAGAGAAAAAGGAAGAAGGUGGUGAGAUGAGAGGCCAAAAACGGAAAUUGGUGAGUGAAUCUGAGGUCCCAGAUUCUCCCUUCUUCUCCACGCUACAGUCACUCAAAGUGAAAAGAAUUGUACCUAACCCGGCAAGGAAAAGAAAAGCAAAAUCUAAGAAACAGCCUGGAAAAUAAGAAAAACUGUCACUCAUUUAAGAUCUUUCUUGGUUUUUGGUUGGGUUUUCUUUUUUUCUUUUUUGUCCUCUGGUUUUUUACUCUUAACAUUGUUUGGACAAGUUGAUGCAAAACCUUUUAUUUCUCUGAUUCUUUUAUUUCUAUUAAAAGUCAGUAUUGGGCAAUAUAAAGUAUUUUGUUUUAUUGAGCUGAUUGACUGAACUCUGCCCAGUCACACAGAUGUGGGACAUCCUGAGGUUUGGUUUCCAUUUGCUUUGGAGAUGGGAUGAGAAUCAGCACCUCCAAAACCGAGGCCAUGGUUUUCCACCAGGAAAGGGUGGCGUGCCUUCUCCGGGUGGGUCGAGAAGUCCUGCCUCAGGUGGAGGAGUUCAAGUAUCUCGGGGUCUUGUUCACAAGUGAGGGAAAGAUGGAGCAGGAGAUUGACAGAC